CAACCCAAACCAAUCCAUCAUUCCGUGAUUCUGUGUCCUUUACAGCACAGCACAAACCUGUUCUAUUCCCAGCUGGGACUCCUGCUGUUCCCAGGCCUCAGGAGGAGACUCCAGGUGUGGAGCAGCUUCACCUGCCCAAACCCACAGGGAUGAGCAGGACAAGGUCCCACGCUGUCCCUCCCCUCCUUCCCCCUUUGAUGAGGCACAGAAAGACUCGGUGAAGUGACAGAAAUCCUGGUUGUGCCUCAAUAAUGGUGACACAGGAGGGCAAAGAGCUCAUUCAGCGCGUCCAAGUGAGACCAGACCCAUCAGGCAGGGUGGAAGUGGGCACGUGUCUGCCGUCCAAAUUCGUUACUAACUGGAUUUAACUGGUUUUCUCCUAGCUGAUGAUGGAAGAGGUGCACAAGGGCGGCAGCAGCAGCUCUGUUACGUCCCAGCCCUCAGCUGUACAAGGUACAACCCUGCAGGCAGCUCAGCUCUCUCAUAUUGCUCAACAGAUGUCUCUCAGAGGUUCUGCUCCCCUCACAGUCGUUCAGCUUCCUGGAGAGCAAGUCCAGGUCCAGGGAGUCAUUCAGACAGCUCAGUCCUCCUCUGUGAUCCACUCCCCUCAGGUGCAAACCGUGCAGGUAUCUUCCUUGUCUGAGAGUGAGGAUUCUCAGGACUCCUCAGACAGCAUUGGCUCCUCACAGAAGGCUCGAGGCAUCUUGGCUCGUCGUCCAUCCUACCGAAAAAUUUUGAAAGAUCUUUCUUCUGAAGACACACGGGAUAGAAAAGGAGAUGAGGAAAGUCCUGGGGUCUCCACUGUCACCUCCAUGUCUGUUCCCACGCCCAUCUACCAGACAAGCACUGGACAGUACAUUGCCAUCGCAGCCAACGGGCUCCAGCUGGCAGGGCCGGGGGCAGACGGGGUGCAGGGGCUGCAGACACUGACCAUGGCCAACGCCGGCGGCUCCCAGCCCGGGACCACCAUCCUGCAGUACGCCCAGACCUCGGACGGGCAGCAGAUCCUGGUGCCCAGCAACCAGGUGGUGGUGCAGAGUGAGUACCCAGCAGGGCCACGGUUACACCCCCGUCACCCUGAGUGCCACCUGCUGAUGCCACCCCGUUUGUGUGCCCUAGCUGCCUCUGGGGACAUGCAGACGUACCAGAUCCGCACCACGCCCACCACCUCCUCCCUGCCCCAGACCGUGGUGAUGACGUCCCCCGUCACCCUGACGUCACAGACGAGCAAGACGGAUGAUCCGCAGCUGAAACGAGAGAUCAGGCUGAUGAAGAACAGAGAAGCUGCCCGGGAAUGCCGUAGGAAGAAGAAGGAGUAUGUGAAAUGUUUGGAAAAUCGAGUGGCAGUCCUGGAAAAUCAGAACAAAACUCUAAUUGAAGAGCUAAAAACUUUGAAAGAUCUUUACUGUCAUAAAAGUGUGUAAGAAGAGAAGGUAAAAACCUUUGGAGACUGGUGAAAUAUCAGAGGAGAAUUUUUUUUUUUUUUAUACUGAAUUUUUUAAAAUAGAUGAAAGGUCAAAAAUGAAACUUUUCUACCUAGAUUUCACAGCUCAAAGACUCUAUAGAUUUUCUUUACAACACGUUGGUGACAAAGUACAAACAGGAAACAAGAAAACCUCACCAAAAUUCCUGCUGGCACAACUGGAAACUGAUAAAAUUCAAGAUUGCAGCUACAGGGGAAGGACAGUCACGUGUGGCGAGGCAGGUGAUGAGAGUUUCUUUGAAAAUUCCUAUGAAUACCUCUAAUAAUGGGGGCAAAAUUUGGUUACAAAGAAAACAUGGAUGAAACAGAAUCCUUGCCAUAGCUGACAUUAUUAGUAACAUUUAUAACCAGUGUAUGUUUUGAUUUCUUACUCUUUUUCAAGCCUUUUUCCUUCAGUUAUUUGUCUGUAAAUAUUUUUAUUUUAACCUGUAAGGUGGUGUUUACAGGUGCAGAUGAUAAAAAAGCUGAUACUUUUGCUCGAGGUAUAAAUUAUGUUUCUACUCUUUCUCAGAUGACAAUUUUAAAAGUUGGGAUGAUUUUUUUUUUUCCAUGUUUGCCGUGUUUAUCAGAUUGGGGAAGGAUCUGCAGAAGACAGCAAGUGGCCUGGUCCUGGAAGUGUCUGAGGCACAGAAAAUUGUGUUGAUUUUCUUAGAGAAUUCAACACAUCAAUGAUUUUAAAGCACAGUGUGAGGGACAAGGACUGGUGACAAAAGUUCUGAAGAAUUUCUGAGAUUAAACUUCCGAAAGUUUUUAAUUUUGCAAGAGUUUGUUCUUAGUUCUGGGCAUGAGAAACAUCAAUCAUUGGAAAUUAAAUUGUGUGCUGAUCAUAUCUGCAAUUAAACACUCAGUGCUUGUCCUGGCCAGGGAUUCUCCCAGGCUCUGGAACAUGAAACCAAAUAGAAGAAAAAUGAUCUAGUAAAAAAAUGGAAGAUCUAUACCAAAGGGUUAUGAGGUUCUAAUCUCUGGUUUAUUGCUGGAAGUAGUGCAAAAUUACAAUUUCCAGCCUAAUUUUGUACGGUAGGAGCUAUUUUGCAAAGUAACGGUGUCUUUGUAAGCAAAUACUAUAUUGCAAACAGGGAGAUGGUUGGUAUAUUUUGUAGCUAAAUUGUGAUCUUUACAAAACCUGAAAUUGAGUUUCUAUACGUAUUUUGACAGUUUAUAUCUUUCAUUUUAGUAACCAAAUGAAAUAUUUUGUGAACCAGAUUUUCAAGGAUAUAUUUUUAUGGAUAGUACAAAGUCAAAUGAGAUCCUCUUUGGUGUAGGAGAUACUUGAAUUAAUUUUGUAUGUCUGUAGGCAACUUGCAGAAAAAAAACCGGAUCCUAAAGAGUAUUGGGGGGAAAAAAAAGAGAAAGAAAAAAAAAAUAAAUGAGGGCUUUUUACUCCCCAGAGUUGACAAUAUCCGCUCAUUACAUCUCAUCGUGUCAGAGAGUCCAGUUUGUACAAUUUCAAUUUGUUUCAAGUGCAAAUCUAAAGUUUGACAUGAUCAGGACUCCUUUACCUGGGGGAUCUCCACUGCUGGAGACCCCCAGAGCUGUCUGGCUGCGGGCCUGGUGGGCAGGACAUGGUACCCGGGCAGGAUGUGACCGUGCUGGUCUCGGGCAGGUGCUUCUUGCAUGAGUAAUAAACCAUUUCCAUAGCUGGGAUUGAAUCCUGCUUCCAGUUCUGUCAGCGGGAAUUAGACUGUAGGCUGUGCUGUUCCCAGGUGUCAGAGCUCCGUGUGUGUGUGUCGUGCCAGCUCAGAUCCCGAUGGAAUUCCAAGCUGUGCUCCCUCCCUGGAUGUGUAAUGCUUAUCCCAUGGUCAGUCAGUAUUUUUUUAUUUUACUCCUUUGGGAAUUAAUGGACUUGUAGCAAGCAGAGCUCUUUGCCAUGAAGAACCUGCAUUCCACAAUCUCCUGGUUAGUGGGCUAGAAAAGGAUAUUUCUAUUCCCUCAAGUUCCUGAGUCUCUGGUUGUUGUGGGCACGAGUCCCAAUGCGUUUCCUUUAGGCCAGGCUGGAGCGUGACUCCUGGUUGCCAUCACGUCACAAAAAAAAAAAAUAAACCUUUGUGACACGUCAGAAAUAAGGUUGGGAAAGUCCUAAAGUGAGGGAGCUGCUCCUGGAGAGGUGUUUGCUGUUUCUUUGGUGGAAUUUCAGGAGAAUUGGACAGCCUGGAAUGUGGCUGGAACACGCACCUCAGAGAACUGGACCUUUCCUCAGCCGUGUGCGCCCUGGCACGUGGCAGAGGGUUUGACCUACAGCUCUGAACUGCUUUGGGAACUCCGUGGUAGCUGAUCCUCACUGUGUUCUCUCUUUUUUUUUCCUUUUCUUUUGUAAUAUGGAACAAUAAUAAACAAAAACUAUCAAGUGUUAAGACUGUAAAAACCUGGUGGCCAGUUCUUCUUGUAUCCAGCAAAGGGAAGUACCUGUCCUGCCAGACACACACCAGGAGUCAAUUUUUAUACUCUUAAAAUAAAGUGUGUUGGGAAGAACAGCUGAUUUUUCAUCAUGGGAAUAUUAAACAGUAACACAAGUUCACUCUUUAAGCACUGAUCAUGAAGUUCUUAGUUUGGAUUUACUUUUAAAUCUCGAUUUUGAAGAGUAAAAUCUCAUUCCUGAGGGUAAGAGAUGCAGCAGCUGAUGCUGUUCUGCUGGUUGGUUCCAAACAGUCCGUGCUUUCCAUGAAUUGUAAAUAUUUGUUGAAACAAUUAAUGGUUGCAAAUUUUGAUCUUGGUAAAUAAAGUCGCUAAAAUAUUAUAA